AUGUUCUUUGUGACUGGAACAAAAGCUGGACAAAGGGCAGGACAGGAGAAAAGUAUACUUUUGGAUCUCAGGACAAUCUACCAGAAGUUCCGGGGCUAUGAGCUAAUGGAUAAGAAGAGAACAGAGACGGCCCUGAAGGCAGGGGAGGACAGGGCCAUUCUGCUGGGCCUCAGUAUGAUCCUCUGCUCUGUCAUGAUGUACUUUGUGCUCUGCAUCACCAUGGUGCGCUCCUAUGCUGAAAGUGUAUGGACAGAAGAGAGCAUAUGUAUGGUGUUAAACUCCACCAUCACCAUGGAGAUCAACUGUUCAUACAGCUGUGGCUCAGACUGCUGGAGGAACUCUAAAUACCCCUGCCUGCAGGUCUAUGUCAGCCUCAACGCCACAGGCCGGGUCAGCCUCUUGUCCCACAAUGAAGAGUCACAGGAGAUGACUGCUGAGUGCUUCUAUGUGCCAAAAUGCCAGAAGGACCAUGCGGCCGUCCACGCCCUGAUUCUGAACAUCUCCGAGCGUUUGAAGUCCCACCAGCAGGUCACAUGUUACUUUGAUCCCAGUGAACAGCGGGAUAGCGUGAUCCUGAGCCGUCUGUAUGGGAGCAGUGCCGUUUUCCAUUCGCUCUUCUGGCCCUCUUGCAUGCUCGCAGGGGGCGCCGUCAUCAUCGUCCUCGUCAAACUCACGCAGUACCUCUCCAUACUCUGUGAGCAGAUCGGAAAGAUCCAGAAGUGA